AUGAUCGAAAGCAAUGAAACAAGCAGUCCAAUAGUUCCAGGAUUUAAAGUAAGUAAAGAUGGAUAUGGAAAAACUAUUGAUGAAACAUACUACAAGAAAUUGGUGGGAAGCUUAAUGUACCUCACUUCCGCAAGACCUGGCAUCAUGUUUGUUACUUGUCUCAUAAGUAGAUAUAUGGCCAAACCAAUGCAGAUUCAUCUACAAUUGGCUAAAAGAUCACUUCGAUAUUUAAAAGGGACUGCGAAUUAUGGACUUCAUUAUAAGAAAGGAGGAGAUGGCGAGCUGUUGGCGUUUACAGAUAGCGACUAUGCCAGAGAUGUGGAUGAUAGGAAUAGUACAUCUGGUUAUGUGUUUUUAAUGAGCUCAGAGUCGACAACAGAAGUCCAGUUUGUAGCUGCUACAACAUGUGUUUGUCAAGGAAUCUGGAUGAAGAGAAUUUUAGAGGUGCUGGGACAUCCUCACAGAGAUGGUAUAACUGGCACAAUUGAACUAGUUCAUUGUGGGAGUAAAGAUCAAGUUGCAGACAUAAUGACCAAACCAUUGAAGCUUGAAGUUUUUCAGAAGCUUAGAAAGAUGCUUGGAGUAUGCGAAAUUCCUGACAUAAACUAG